UUGCCUUUUUAUUUUAUUGCCGCAUUUCUUCGCUUCGAAGUGAUCGCUUUUCGGCUUUCUUCGAGGUCACAGGUCACGCCAGCGGACGCUGGAAGCCGAAACGCCCCCUGCCUCGCCCCCUUGGCCAUGGUGACCGUCGCUGUUGUUGUUUUUGUCGCCCUUUAAAACCAGCUGCUGCAUCUGUGUGUGCGCGCGUGCUUGCGAGUAUUUCCAACCGAGCGUGCGUCGGUGUGCGUGCGUGUACAAGUGCUCAAACAACAACAUAAGCGUAAAACGCAUUUUCAUUUGAUUGCGAUUUUGAUUUGAUAUAUUAAUUACAGAAAGAAAGGGGGAGAAAGCAAACAAAGGAGACUAACUGAGAGAGAGAGACAGAGCGAGAUCAAGACAGUGAGCGAGAUGGAUGUGGAGGAGAACUACGAGAACGCCGCCGAGAUGCAGAACAUGAACAUGAAUCUGAAUCUAAAUCCGAAUCCGAAUCCAAAUUCGGACAGCCAGCAGCAGCAGCAACAACAGAUGCAAUGUGAACCGUUAUUCGGGCUCACAACCAAUACAACAACAACCACAAAUCCCAUGAUGGCCAUUCCCCUGCCCGCGCCCACCGGGUCGCACUCCGCUCCGAACAUCAGUCCAAAUUCGAAUGCGAAUCCCAACUCUAAUCUGAGUCCCAGUCCAUCCGCAACAACCGCUAACGCAUCCGCAUCCACGAUCAAGUGUCUACCGACGAACGACUUCGAUAUCGACUCCCUGCUGCUGCAACAGUUCAGCUGUAUGGGCACCACGGACCACGAAGACCUCAUCAGCCAGUUUCAGAGCCUAAUGAAUAACCAGAUGAAUCGGGAAUCAGCCAGGUUUUACCUCGAGAUGAGUAACUGGAGCCUUCAGACGGCGGUGGGCUGCUAUCUGGACUUCUGCAGUUUACAGUCGCUGCCCUCGAUGAAGAUCGUCCAGGAGAAGCAAGUGAAUGCUCGGCAGCAAGCGUUUCAGCUGCAGAACGAUGGCACCGAGCGCUGGCCGAACAACUGCUAUCUGACCUCGCCCAUCCAGACGCAGCGCAUCAAUGUGCCCGCUCUGCGUCCGGGCGAAACUUGUGAUAUCCUGGCCGACAUGAUGCCCACGCAGCCGCCGACCAUGUGGCGACUGUGCACUUCAAAUGGCUGGUACUUUGGCGAUGCCAUUUGGAUGAUACCGCCCGGUACGCAGGCCAGCCAGGACGAACUGCAGCAGCGGAUGGUGCAGCUGAUCACGUCGGAGGUCAAGCCGGAUAUCUAUCCGCAAAUCAACAUCGUGAUAACCGCGCACACCCAAUGAGCGCGGCGUCCAGCAUCUAGCAUUCGGCAUCCUCCUCCGCUUUCGAGCGGGGUCUUCGGUCCCAAAACUCAUCGAUAGCAUUUCAUAAACCUGCGCGAUAUGACUAGAUUUUCCCUUCUCCCCCUUUUUUCAAAUGGACAUACUGUUGUUCUCAGUAGUUGAUUUGUAUACAGGAAAAACGUUUAUACACAUUAUUAUGUAGUAGCCAACGCCAUACAUAUACUACUCAACUCCAUGUUUAACUAAAGUUUUAGUUCGAUUGCAGGACCCUUCGUUACUCCUCCCACUUUUCCCACUCCUUAAUUUCGGUGUCAGACAGAUCAGCUUUAUAUAUAUCGAUAUGUCGUGAACGGAGCGAAGAGUGUGAGGCAAUAGGCAGAAAUAAAUUGAAAUAAAUUAAGUGAAAGUGAGAAUAGGAAUCGUGUGGGCACAUUAAGUUCUUCUGAUAGUUUUAGGCGGUACUGUUUUGUGUGCGUGCGAUUGUUUAAAUCAUAAUUGAACUUUUUUUUUUUCUGUAAUUUAAAUUCCUAUGUUUUGAGUAAUCAAGAAUUAUAAAAGCUAAGAAAAAUGUAACAAAAUUAGACGUAAGUGUUUUAUUGAGAAAAAAUAAGAAUGAAGCAGAAGGAUUAAGAAA